CCACUGGGGCGGGAGCUUGUGACUCACUUAACUUCCUCUGUAUAGUCGCGCAUGGGAGAGUUGAGCGCUAUCAUUCCUUCAGCCGGUGUGCUUUGAGAGAGCUGAAAACUUCUGCACUAAAACAAGAGGAGUACAGAAACAUUAAACAGGUCAACUGAGCCCGGCGCACUUCAUACAGACGGCGCGCGUCUUGAAAGAGUUUUAUAGGGGGACAACUCGAAUCAGGAGCAUCAUGAGCGAGCGCUUUGACUGUGACAACUGCAAGGAGUCUCUGUAUGGCAGGAAGUACAUCCAGGCGGAAGACAACCCGUACUGCAUCCCUUGUUACGACAGCCUGUUUGCAAACACCUGCGAUGAGUGCAAAGAGCUGAUUGGCCAUGAUUCUAGAGAGUUGUUUUACGAGGACCGUCACUAUCACGAGCAUUGCUUCCGCUGUUUCCGCUGCGACCGCUCGCUGGCAGAUGAGCCCUUCACCAGUCAGGACGACGCUCUUCUCUGUAACGACUGCUACUGCAAUGAGUUCUCCUCCAAAUGUGUGGCCUGCGACAAAACCGUCAUGCCUGGCACCAGGAAGCUCGAGUAUUCCGGCUCCACAUGGCAUGAGAGCUGUUUCAUUUGCAACAGCUGUCAACAGCCAAUUGGCUCCAAGUCUUUUAUCCCAGACAAAGACGACCACUACUGCGUACCCUGUUAUGAGAACAAGUUCGCACCGCGCUGCACUCGAUGUAAACAGGCUUUGGCUAAAGGCGGUGUGACCUACAGGGACGAGCCGUGGCACAAGGAGUGCUUUGUGUGCACGAGCUGUAAGGUUCAAUUAGCUGGCCAGCAUUUCACUUCCCGUGAUGACAGCCCAUACUGCCUCAAAUGUUUCGGCAACCUGUACGCUAAGAAGUGCGAAGCCUGCAGCAAACCAAUCACAGGAUUCGGUGGAGGAAAGUACAUUUCAUUUGAGGACCGACAAUGGCAUCAGUCUUGCUUUACCUGUUCUCGAUGCUCCGUGUCGCUGGUGGGCGCCGGAUUCUUCCCCGAGCAGGAGGAGAUCCUUUGUCGUACCUGCAAUAGCAACCUAUAGAACAGCGCCUCCGUCAACACACCUCUCAUCACCACGACACGAUUACGCUUGCAUGCACAUGCACACAUCUCUUAAAUUACACCUCUGUUCAUUCCCACGAGAACCUCUUAAGAAACACCCGUGCUGAACUCUCUGAGAUCCCAGCAGACUAGCUUUUCAAACCCUGCAUAUAGCCGUGAUCUUAGCUUUGUCACAAUAUUCAAACAUGGAAGCCCAAAGAACUUUGAUUUACACACUGUUUUUUAGUUUGUUUCGCUAGUUUACGACCGGAUAAAUGAGAUUUCAGAUGUGCAGGUCUAUAUGCAGAUAAAAAUAUUUUUAUGGCCUUGAGUUCCACCGAUCUGCUUUCUAGUUAUUCCCAUUUUUAUUUUUCCUGGCCGGUCUGAACUGUCUUUAGCUGGUAAGAGUCAUUAAUGGGUGGAUGUAGUCUGUGUCUGCAGCCUGUGAAAGAACUCGAACAGAUUCCUUCAGAAACACUAAAAGGUCACAAGGUUUGGUGUUCUGUAAGUGUCUGAAACACAUUUAUGUAAAAUUGUUUCGACUAUUCUGCGCCAAGAAAGUGUAGUAACAAGAAAGAACGUGCGAAUGAUUUUGAAGAUAACAGUCACUCGUAGUCGAACAUCUAAGCAUUUACAUGCGACAUGGCUUUAUAAAUAAGCGGCUAAAGUUUGUGAGCACUUUUGUGUUGAGAAUACUGCUGUUGUUGUAUGAUGUCAUUAUGCUUCAUAGCAAACAACAAUCGAUGAGUCGCACAUGCAUUUCAUUUGACAUUGAUGCAUUUGGCAGACGCUUUUAUCCCAAAUGAUUUACAUGCAUUAUACUAUACAUUUGUUUUGGAGUAUGUGCAAUCCCUGGGAUCGAACCCAUGACCUUUGCGUUGCUAGCGCCAUUCUCCACCAAUGUGAAAUCCAAAAACUUCCAAAAAGCACAACAACAACAACAACAAAAAACACCUUAAAUGUUUUUGCAGUCCAGAGACUGUCCAAAGAGUCCAGAGAGAGGAAAAUGAAGUUUGAAAUGUAUUUUAUACACAGGUGGGACAGACUUGCAUUUGCACUAUGACUUAAAUGAUCUAUAGAAGCACAUAAACUUGCAAGAUACAGCACGCAUACACUGUAUAUACACAAACUAUGUACUUAUUCCUCUUUACUUUCCAUUUUUUAUGUGUUUGAUUGUUCAUCCGCCUACAUUAUGGCCUCAAGUGUCUGUUUUUAUAAACAUAUACAUCAUCUGAGUGUUUUGAGUGAAUGAAACUACUGUUUCGAAAAGAGUAUAAAUGUUUCAAGCUUUAUUUUUAUUUCCAGUUGAGAUAAGUGUUGUUCUUGAUGUUACUGAUGACAAUUGUACUAGUUUCACCUUGCAUUUCUUAAUUCAAGGGAUUUGAGUUUAAGGCGUGAUAAAAAUGCAUUUAACUUUUUUCAAGUGAUUUAAGUUUAAGGCGUGGUAAAAAUGCAUUUAACUUUUUUUAAUUGUUUGAUUGUUUAUUGAUUGUUUGUUGAUAAAUACUUUAUA